AUGGGCAGUACUGGUUACACGUGCAUAAGGCGGACAUUUUGUUCCUUCAACAUCCUCAUAUGGCUUUGCGGUAGCGGAUUCCUCGCGAUAGGCGUGUGGCUGCACUUUGCCUAUCCAGGGUAUGCCACACUACUACCCGACCAUGCCGUACUCAGCGCCGACUGUAUGUUCAUAACGGUCGGUGUGAUCAGCUUCGUGAUCGCGUUCUUCGGUUGCUGUGGGUCUUGGUUCCAGUCAAGAUGUUUCCUGGUUAUUUACUUUACACUGGUGGUACUAUUGUUCCUCAGUGAGUUCUUGCUGGGUUCGUUGGCGUUUGUGUUCCGAGGCGGCAUUGGACGUAUGUUGACACAGGAGCUAAAGUAUGGCAUCGAGAAGCACUACAAUGUGUCGGACCGCGGAGGUUUCCUAACUCCUUCCGUUGCUUCUAUUUGGGAUAAUCUUCAGGUGGAUCUGCAAUGCUGUGGAGUAUCAUCGUAUGAGGAUUGGUACGAUAUCAGUGCAUGGUCCGGUGAGCGAUGGGUACCACAGUCCUGCUGUCGCUCUCAGUAUGGAUCAAUGUUUUCGGAAGGAUCUGGCGAUGAGCUAGCAAACGUCGACUGUCGAAAAGCUGGAAAUCCUGCACUCCUAUGGGAUAAGAGCUGCGGUCAGAUUCUUCAGAUGUGGUUCGUACAGCGACUUCACAUAGUGGGCACGGUUGUAUUAGUAAUAGGCUUCCUUCAGUUGUUCGGUCUGAUAUCAUCCAUGCUACUGUUCUGUACCGUCAAACACAAACGUUCCUCGAAAACGUACAAAUCCUACUCACCUACCGUGGACACCACGCUCAACCGCAAUGGCACUAGCCCCACGUACAUGGACAUGGACUGA